AAUUGUUCUAUAAUGUCGUUUCAAGUCCGCAGGUUUUCGACUGAACAAGCUCGAAUUCAAGCUCAACAUAAUUCUUGUAAUUUCAUCAGUAAAUCGCCUUCGAUUCGUCUCCGAAUUCAUCUGUUCUCCAGACGAUACGGGAACAGGGAGGAGAAUCGCACAUUUGUGUUUUUAAGGAUUCGACUUUGUUCCAACUUUGCGUCGGACUCGGAGCGGAUGUAAUCGGUGUUAUAUCUGUUGAAUGCUUCGUGAGACCUAGGGUUUCCUUUUCUGGAGUGUAUAAAGGUACUUUCCGAGGGUUUUGAGCUUCUGGGUAUGGACUACGGGCCUUACGACAGUAGUGGCACUGAUGAUGACCUUUCUCUUCCACAUCAGAACAGAGUUCAAAGAGGGGGGCGUGUUGCAGCAAAUGGGAGACCUACUGUUAUGAGUGCUGCUCCAUAUGGUAGGAUGUAUGAUGAUACUGAUAUGGAGACUCAAAUUCAUUUACUUGAGCAAGAAGCAUACAGUUCAGUUCUUAGAGCCUUUAGAGCUCAAGCUGAUGCCAUUACUUGGGAGAAGGAAAGUUUAAUAACUGAACUAAGGAAGGAGCUGAGAUUGUCUAAUGAAGAACAUAGGGAACUAAUGAACAGGGUUAAUUCUGACGAUCUCAUCAGAAGGAUAAGGGAGUGGAGACAAUCAGGUGGGCAUCAACCUGCCAUGAUUGGCACUGGACAAGCUGUACGUGAUCCAAUUCCAAGCCCUUCUGUUUCUGCAUCACGAAAGAAACAAAAAAUGGUAUCAUCUGUACCUUCUCAAUCUUACGGUGCACCAACUCCACCUUUCCUUCCACAACCAGUGGGUGGUGGUGGUUCAAGCCAACCAUCAUCUUCAACUGCAAAACGAGGACCUAUGAUGGGAGGAGUUAAUAAGGGAAAGAAGUCUAAAUCUAGUCAGAUUAUGUCAGGAAGAACACAACAACACCCUUCUUCAGGUCCACCUGUAAGAGGUCAACAAAGUAAUAGGGUAGCUGCGGGUGCGUUUCCUAGUGAACCUGCUCAAGCACCAUCUUUUGAUUCAUUGAUGGGAAGAAAAGUAAGGACACGGUGGCCUGAUGACAAUAACUUUUAUGAAGCCGUUAUUACAGAUUUCGAAGCUGAUAAGGGCCGGCAUGCUCUUGUUUAUGAUAUGGGUACUGAGAAAGAGACAUGGGAAUGGGUCAACAUUUCGGAGAUUUCUCCCGAAGAUAUUCAGUGGGUGGGUGAAGAUCCUGGAAUAUCCCGUCAUGUUGGGUCUGGACAUGGAAUGGGUAGACCUGUGGAGCGUGAAGGUGGUGGUCCAGCCUUAGGGAGAGGUAGAGGAGGAGGAGGGGUGCCAAGGAAUCAUGCAAAGAAAGAGUUACCUUCACAAAAUGGCAUAGGAAAGAAGGGAACUGAUGAAAUCCAAAUACUUCAUACAGAUAGUCUUGUUAAGGAGGUUGAACGGGUGUUUAGCAAUAGUCAUCCAAAUCCUAUAGAAGUUGAGAAGGCAAAGAAGGCAUUAAAAGAUCAGGAACAAGCACUCACCGAAGCAAUUGCAAAGCUUGCAGAUAUUUCCGAUGGUGAAAGCGAUGAAGGCGGUCAUUUUUUGCACGGGAAGCCCAUGGAGAAGGAUAAAUAGAAAAUUGUGUUUGAGCGCGCAGAAUAUUAUGAAUGUGAUGAUAUUACUCUGACUGGAUUAAUAUUUCAUUCUUUUACAUGAAUUAUGGUUGUGGCUAUCUGGCUUUUCCCCAAAAUUAGGCAAAAAUUGAAUAGAUAUGUGCUGAGAAUUUAACCAGGAGAGGAGAAGGUUUUGUAAGAUUAUUUUCUCUAGAUUUGGAAUAGGCUAUCAUAUUUUUCAUCAUGAUGUAAAAAAGUUUUUGUGUUCAUUGCCAGCUGAUUCUUAUGGUUUAGUGUCUUUUUUUUUCUUCUUUUUUUUUUUAUUGUAAGGAUGGGGAAGAGAAAAAAGAGAAAAAAAAAAAAAACAAGAUUCUUGGCUAUUUCGAGCCUUAAUAGACUAACUGUUUAUUUGAUGUC